CCCGCCUCCGAGCCCGAGCCCGAGGUAGUCGAGCCUGAGCCAGCCCAAGCUCCCGAGCCGGAGGCAGCGGCCGUCGAAGCUGAUGCCGUCUCCAAGAAGGCCGAGUCCGUAUCCGCCAAGUCCAUCACGCCCUCCGAGCCCGCGGUCAUGGAGGAGCUCCGCAACCGCAUCGCCGAGCUCACGGACCGCAACGACCAGCUCCAGUCCGAGACAGUCAAGCUCGGCUCCCUCACCGCCGAGCGCGACGAUCUCGUUACCCGCGUCGCGAGGCUAGAGACGGAGGCCGUCAUGGCACCUGCGCUGCGUCAGGAGAACGCAACCUUGACAUCGCAGCUGUCUCUCGUCAAUGCCCAGCUUGACGGCAUACGCGCUUCCUACGACGCUUCGAUCGCCGAGGUAAACAGCCUCAAGGACCAGAUCGGUCAGCUGCGGGGACGUUUGGCUACGCCAUCGGUGCAGUCGUCGCGCUCCCGGGAGUCGUCUCAUGCGAGGGCGCCGACGAAGACGAAGAAGAACGACGAUAAGAAGAAGGAGCAGUUGGUGGUCGUACGGAACCCUAACGAACGAGGCGGAAUUCAAAUCGUUCGACGAUGCGAUCUUCGGGGUAUGAAGAGGUCGCCAUCUCAGCACUCUCACUCCGAGGGCGACAAGAGCGACUAAAUCCUCACGACUUAUUUGAUAUUGUGGACAUGGGAAUAGCGAGGGAAUGGGGUGUUCAGCGUGGCGAAGGACGGACUGACGGACGGAUAGCACGAGUAUAGCGUUUUCUUUGUGUUUUCUUUCUUCUUUCUUCUAUGUUAGGGCAACAUAGCAUGCGAUGGAUCGGUUCGUCGCUUGGGUCUUUCAUUGAUACUUUUACUCUUCUCCUUUGUCACUGUGGAAUUUGGAAUGGGCAUGGAUAUGGAACGGACUAGACAUGUAACGGAUCGCAUGGGCGGAUUCUGGAAGACGGUGUGCCCUCAAGGGCGCGAAACAGCAUGCAUCUUGUAGACUUCUUGUGUCGUAUAGCUAGUUACUUGGUCUUGUAUUUAGAUAGCGCCAGCGUAGGCUGUCA